AUGUUAGAAACAAUUUACGAAGAUGAAGAAGACACGAUUGCUGAUGAUGAUUCUGUGAAAUUAACUGAUCAACGACCUCGAUUAUCGUAUUAUGUUUGCUUGUAUGUUCAAAAUCAAACGUAUAUACUUUGGAUUUAUGCUCAUCUAAAAUAUCCUCAAUCAUGUAUUGAUAAUACUCAAUGCAAAGAAAAUUUAAAAUUAAACUUAAAAACUAGUUUUAUGAAGCUAUCAAGUUUCUUAACUAAAAUUGAGUUAGAUUUGUAUCAGAGUCAACAAAUUCAACUUGAUUGGUGUAAUUUAAUAGAAAAUUCAACAACAAUAACAUUAGUAUCAUUAGUAUCGAUAAAAACUAAAAAUCAAAGUGCACUGGAAACAAUCACAACAUCAGAUCGUAAUAUUUGUGAAAAUAUAGAUCAAACAGUUUCCAUAUCAAAAGCAAUUCAUAAUAUAAUGCAAAAUAAGGACUCGACAACAAACAUUCCAAUACGCGUCCUUAUGGAUAAUCAAAUAUCAAAAAAUCCUACUGAUGUCAAUAAAAAUAGUAUUAUAAAUGACGAAGAAAUAAACAUAAAUUGUCAUAAUCCAACGGAAGAUUCAAAAUAUAGUGGUGAUUAUAAUCAACACGAGAAAUCAACUCAUUAUUCUAAUGAUGUUGACUCACAAUAUUUUAUGAUAUGA